AUGGAAACAAAAGACAAACCACGAUUUCGACUUUUGCUUCGUGAAAUGGCGGAGAACAGCACACUUCACGGCCUUCCGAAGAUCUUUGGUGCCAAACAAGCUUACAUGAAGAUUUUUUGGACCGUGGUCUUUAUAGCAACAACUGGAUAUCUAAUCUUUCAACUCGCUAAUCUGUUCGAGAGCUAUUACUCAUGGCCUAUCAAAACGGCUGUGACAUUAAAGCACAAUCCACUGCAGUUUCCAGCUGUCUCAUUUUGCAAUAUGAAUCCGAUCAAACGGUCCUAUAUAAACCAAACAAGUGAGGCAGUGAUGGCCAUACUGAGACCAGAUUUGGUCAAAAGAAACUCGUCUAAUACUGAAUGGACGGAAGACGAUCCCUUAUUUAAUACGACAGAUUACGGUGAUGAUCUAAAUAAAAACUAUACUGGUAGCCGCUACGAUGAUUCUGACGAAGAUAGCUAUUGGAAUUUUGAUUCAUAUACAUACGACUACAACUAUGAUAACUAUUAUGAUGAUUAUAAUACGGACCCAUCUUCAGAACUAGACAAUCAGCUCAUCAAAGAACUGCUGUCCUAUGAUAACAACGAGUCUCCCAGAGAAAAGUGGAUAGGUCGAAUAGAAGCCUUCAAACACGCUUUCAUGAAUGAAUCCAGCGAGAAACGAGAGAAGUUGGGUCAUUCUAUACAGGAUAUGCUAGUGUCCUGUAGCUACAACGCACGCAAAUGUUUUUACAAUAAUUUCACACUAUUUCAAAGUUCGGAAUACGGAAACUGUUUCACACUUGAGUCCUCGGAUUACUUUUCGAGAAAACCUGGUCCUCUAAAUGGGCUAUGGUUGACCCUGAAUCUAGAAAUCCUGGAGUACAUCACCAGCUUUGUCAUUGGAUACGGUGUGAAGCUUCUGAUCCAUCAACCAGGCACUGUAGUGUUCCCUACAGUGGAGGGCAUUGUCCUCAGUCCGGGACACGAGACCACCAUCGCCUUGAGAAUGGUGAAGGUCGAACGGCUAGGCGAACCCUACGGCGAAUGCUCAGUAGGGGAGGAUUUCCAAAAGGCUUUCGGUAUUCAUUAUACAAUACCUGCGUGUAUCAAGUUGUGUAAACAGCAUUGGGUGGUCAAGAUGUGUAAGUGUUUGCCCACUCAGCUGGAAUUCGAAGUGGACCACGACAAUGAGAUGGAUGAAGCAAAGACCCAUAAAGUUCGAGAAUGUGAAAGUGGAAAUGUUGCUGGUAUGAAAGAACUUGUGUACGAGAAGACGAUAAGUACACGUCCAUGGCCAAACGACGAUUAUUUGAAAUAUGCACUGGUGAGGAGAUUGUGUUGGAAUAAGAACCUGACCUACUUAGAGGAAUUCUGUGGACGAUAUCAAAAUGAUAGCAAGGAAGCUGACGUCACAGUGGCCCGCGAUAACUUCUUAAGAACCGUAAUCUACUUUGAAGAUAUUAACUACGAAGCCAUCACGGAAAGCCCUUUGUAUGACGAGUUCCAGUUCCUGGCGAACAUAGGAGGCACGCUUGGCUUGUUCUUAGGGGCAUCGGUCCUUAGUGCUGUAGAGAUCAUACAACUAUUCAUCGAGAUAUUUAUUUAUCUCAGAGGCCGGUUUUGUCAGAAAGUUCUUAAAAUCAGUGAUGGUAAAAAGAUGCAGGUAAAGCCGCUGCCCGAUAAAGUAAACGAAGAUGCAGUUAAAGAGUUUGACUUCUGA